AUGUUUUUAUUUAUUAAAAUAUUUUUUUAUUUCCUUUUUUCCUCGGUAAUCCUCUUCUAUCCACUUUCUGCUCUUUUAUCAAAUUGUCUGAAUGGUGUUUGUGAUUGCGAUCCGGAUGUAAUCGACUAUUGGGAAGGUAUUGAUAUUGAGUCUUUAUUAUCUACUUUAGCACCUUUAACAACAAAGAAAAUAGUAAAGACAACAACAAUGGAGCCUAAAACAACAAUGAAACCAACAACAGAAAAAUUAAAGACAACAGAAAAGCUAAAAACUACAACAACAGAAAGACUAGAGACUACAGAAAAACACAAAAACAGCACUGCAAAGGCUACAACAAUCCCUGAUAAACUAACAACUACAAAAUCAACAACAGAAAAAGCAAAAACUACGAAAAGUCCAAUAACAACAGAACGUACAACAACCAAGUCAGUUAGAGAGACCACUAAAAAUAAAGAGACUACAGUGAAAAGUUUAACAACAAAAAUUUUGUCAACAUCAACUAAGACAACAGAAAAUCCAUCUACAACAAGCAAAAUGUUAGAGACUACUAAAAAUGAAGAGACAACAACAGAAACAACUCAAAGUUCUACAGGGUUGACUGAAACUAUUGGAGAAACUACUAAUACUAUAAAAGAUAUAACAACGGUGAAUGUCUUAGCUACUACAGAAGAUACAGUUACUACGUCAAUGAAAAUGUUAGAGACUACAGAAAAUGCUGAGGCAACGAAAGAAAAUGUCGAAACCACAAGUAUAAAAGCCGAAGAGUCAACAGAAACGUCAACAAUUAUAACAGCAAACGUAUUAGAUACUUCAACAAUCAAUAUUCAAACAACAAACCAAGCGGGCGAGAGCACAACAGAAUUGUCAGGCUCUAGUGUAAAAGCGGAACAGUCGACAGAGACUUCAACAAUGUUAACACCAACAACGUUGGAAGGAAGUGAAUCGUCUACUAACAUAUUAGAUACUUCAACAAUCGAUAGUCAAACCACCAACCUCGCGAAAGAGAGUACAACAGAAUUGACAAGCUCUACUAUAAAAGCAGAAGAGUCGACAGAAACUUUUAACACAACAAUUCCUUCAAUAUCAUCCCAAAUAACUACAAUAAAUACGGAAUCUACAGUCUUAUCUACAGAAAAUAAUUUCCAAACUACUAAGAAGGAAGAUUUUACUACAAAAACUGUGGAAACUGAAGCAACAACAUCUGAGCAGGCAACUUCCAGAACAACUCUUAGUACAAGUGUAGAUACUUCAACUCCACUUGGCUAUUGCGGGCAAUGUUGCAAUUGUGAUCAUAAAUUGGGCAAAUGUUUGGCGCAAUCCUAA